CUUGCCCCAAGCCAUGACGCGAGGGAUGAGUUCAGUGGCCACUCCAGGCUAGUCUGAGACCUAUAUAAGGCCUUCUAACGGCCUCUAAUCUCCAUUCAACCCACCCACAACAACAACAACUCAACUACCUUUUACGUUUUUAACGACUUUCUCAUUAACAUGUCUGGAUUCACCAACGGAACUUCUGAGCCCAACAAGACCACUGGCCAGUACCACAGCGUCAAGGGCACGGUCGUCGAGACCAUCGGAAACGUGACCGGUGCCACUUCAUGGCAGCAGUCUGGCAAGGAGGAGCACAUGGCCGGCGAGACCGAGUACAAUGCCGCACAAGCCAAGGGCUACGUCGAGGGCACCGCUGACCGCCUGUCCGGCAAGAAAGACGCCGUCGUCGGUGCUGUCCUCGGCGACAAGACCCAGGAAGCACAGGGCAACCUCCAGCACGACAAGGGCAAACUCCAGCAGGAGGUGAACAAGUUUGAUUGAGCAGUGGAGCGGAUCGACUACAAACAACAUUAAUGUAAUCACUUAUAUCAUGUGCUUGUAAUACCACUCGCGUCUUGGCUUACACUGCUUGUACCCCGGGA